AGCCGCCUCCGUCACCCCCUGCUUGGUCUUCUCCACGGCACCCACCACACCCUCCUUGGCGAUGGAGAAGCCCUUCUUGAAGACGUCCAUGCCUUCUCUUCCUUCGGAGCCUUCCCCUGAAGCAGUUUCUGGAAUCACCCGCAGCGGCUGAGCCUGCUCCCUGCCAAGAUGAUCCUGACUCUGCUGCUCAGCCUCGGGGGGGCGCUGGGCUGGGGGCUGCUGGGGGCCUCGGCUCAGGCCCCCGGUCCCAAGUUCUCUGAGCCACCCAGCCCCGGGCUGCCUGGGGCCUGGAGGCCAGAGGCUGAGGACAUCAGCAGCGACCGACGGAACUGGUGCCCCUACCAGAAGUCCAGGCUGGUCACCUUCGUGGCUGCCUGCAAAACGGAGAAGUUCCUGGUCCACUCCCAGCAGCCCUGUCCGCAGGGAGCUCCGUGCCAGGGGGUCAGCGUCAUGUACCGCGUGGCCGCCAGGCCGGUGUACCGGGUCAGACAGAAGGUGCUGGCCGCCGUGGCCUGGAGCUGCUGCCCCGGCUUCGCCGGCCCUGACUGCCAACAGCAUGAUCCCACUGCGGUCCCGGGUGCCGACCUCCAGGAGCCCUGGGCCGGGCCGGCUGGCGAGGAACCGGCUGCCGAGCCGGGUCACAUCGGGGCGCAGCGGGAGCGCCUGCUGAGAGAUCUCCAGAAUGACGUCCACCACACGGCCGACAGCCCCGCAGACGGCCCGGCCAGCAACCUCACAGCUGCAGCCACCGAGGCAGACGAGGGGGAGCUCGAGUUCCUGGGCCAGUCCCCGGAGCAGGUGCUGCCUUUGGGCCCCGACUGGAGCGGCUUUAACCAGAGCCUGCACAGCCUCUUUGAGGCGGUCAGGAACCUCUCUCUUGGUGUGGAGGCCAACCGACAGGCCAUCAGCACGCUGCGGGACGGCGCCGUGCCCAGAGCUGACUUCCAGGAGCUGGGGGCCAAGUUUGAGGCCAAGGUCCAGGAGAACAGCCGGCGAGCGGGCCAGCUGCAGCGGGACCUGGAGGACGGCCUGCAGGCCCAGCGCCUCUCCCUGCAGCGCUCCCUUGCGGAGGUGCAGGCCGACGUGGACGCCAAGCUGAAGAGGCUCCUCAAGGCCCAGGAGCACCUGUCCAAUGCCAGCCUGGCGGCCGCCGCGGCAGGAGCAGGCGCCCGGCCGGAGCCCGAGAGCCUGCAGGCCCGGCUGAGCCAGCUGCAGAGGAACGUGUCGGCGCUGCACCAGGCCGCCGGCCACAGGGAAGAGGCGCUGCAGGGCACCCUGGCCGACAUGCAGGCGACCCUCGACCGGCACGUGGAGGAGAUCAAGGAGCUGUACUCGGAGUCGGACGAGACCUUCGAUCAGAUCAGCGCGGUGGAGCAGCAGGUGGAGAAGCUGCGGGGGACGCAGCAGGAGCUGCGGGAGCUGCGCGUGGCCCUGAUGGAGAAGUCGCUCAUCGCCGAGGAGAACAAGGUGGACGCGGACCGGCAGCUCCUGGAGCUCAACCUCACCCUCCAGCACCUGCAGGGCGGCCUGGCCGACCUCGUCAAGUACGUCACCGACUGCGGCUGCCAGGGGCCCCCCGGCGGCCCGGAGGGCCCGGGCAACGCCACGCGCGCCCCGGAGCGCGUCCCCGGGGGCCCGGGCGCCGGCCCCGCCCCGCGGGCGGCGGAGCGCGAGGCGGCCGUGUGGCGGGCGCUGGAGGAGCGGCGCGCCGAGGCCCAGCAGGCGGGCGCCGAGCGGGCGCGGCUCCGGACGCAGCUGCGCGCGCUGGGCGGCCAGGCGGCGGCGCUGCAGGCGGCGCAGGGCGAGCUGCGGCGGGCGGCGGGCGAGCUGCGCGCCUCCUUCGCGGCGCUGCUGGCGGACGCGCUGCGGCACGAGGCGCUGCUGGCCGCGCUCUUCGGGGAGGACGCGGUGGCCGCCGAGGCGCCGGGGCCGCUGGCGCUGAGCUACGAGCAGAUCCGCGCGGGCCUGCGGGACGCGGCGCUGGGGCUGCACGAGCAGGCGCGCGGCUGGGCGGCGCUGGCGGCCCGCGUGGCGGCCCUGGAGCGCGCGGGCGGCGCGGGGCCCGCGGGGCCGGAGCUGCAGCGCCUGGGCGCGGACGUGCGGCGGCUGGAGCGCUGCUGCGGGGACGCGGCCGCGGGCAACGCCGCCCUCAACGGCUCCCUGCAGGGCCUGCACGCGGCCCUGGCCGGCGCCCAGCUCGGCCUGCGGCGGCAGCAGCAGCUCUUCCACAGCCUCUUCGCCAACUUCCAAGGGCUGCUGGCGGCCAACGCCAGCCUGGACCUGGGGCGGCUGCAGGCCGUGCUGGGCCGGAGGGAGAAGAAGGAGCAGAGGGGCCUGGACGCGGCCCGGAGGAGGGACAAGAAGCAGGCGGCGCCCCGAGCCCCGGGGGCCGCGCCCCAGGAGGCAGGCUCCCCCGUGGCCUUCUACGCCGGCUCCUCAGGAGGGAUGGCCGCCCCGCAGACCCUGAGGUUCGACGCCGCUCACAUCAACGUUGGCAGCAGCUUCUCCCCUGAAGACGGCUACUUCCGGGCCCCCGAGCGCGGGGUCUACCUCCUGGCCGUGAGCAUUGACUUCGGCCCGGGGCCGGGCGCUGGGCAGCUGGUGCUCGGCGGUCACCGCCGGCUCCCCAUCGCGGGCGGCGGCACGGCCACGGCCUUCACCAUGGCCGAGCUGCAGAAGGGGGAGAGGGUGUGGGUGGAGCUCACCCAGGGGUCCGUGCGCAGGAGGAGCCCGCCAGGCACCGCGUUCGGGGGCUUCCUGCUGUUCAAGACCUGAGCCCUGGGCAAGCCAACCUCCGCGCUGGCCCAGCUCUUCCCCGGAGAGCCGCAGAGACGAGGCCUCCCUGGAUGCGCAGGUUGUACGCGAAGAGGCCGGAUGCUGCUCCCUGGCCGCCGGGGCUGGCCCUUCCGUCCCAGGCGGCGUGGCUGGCCUCGUUUGCUCCAGCGUUUGCUGUUUUGCCCCUUGUGGUUGAAAACUUCUGUGCACGGAACCUUCCUCUGGCUCCCGCGUGUCCCAAUCCCUGCUAGAAAAGCGUCUUUCCCAGAGGAUUGGGAACUAGAAUAGAGGGGCAUUUUGGACAAUCCGGGAACCUGGCUCCAAGCACAGCCGGUUAGGUCUGUCAAAUGAAAACGGACCGAGUAUCGGGGGAAGGAAACAGUAUCUUUCCCGCACUCUCAGUCCUUCCUCUAAUGUACCUGCAACUUGAACUGCACCCCCUUUCUCCCUGCCGCACAUGGGACACAGGCCAUGCCACAGAGCUAACGUGUGCAGCUUUCACCUUCACGCUCCCCCACAGCCUGGCCACCCUCAUUAUUAGCAUCUCGACAGGAAGGGAGCUGAGGGGGGAGGGAAGACACUAACAAUCCCCCUCAGUUCCAUCAUCUUUGGGAUCAGGCAGCACCCUUCCCAGCUCUGCCCGGUGAGCCGAUGGCGGAAGGAUGGGAGAGGCGGGAACAUGGGCGAAUAAAACUGUAAGUGUGUCUGUUUGUGUAAAGUGUGGCUCCGUCACUCCAGAGCCCUCCCUGCAGGUUCGCGUAGUUCUGCCUACAACACGAGGAUCCUCGGUGAGCACUGAGUACUGGGUCAGACACCCAGCGCAGUUAGUUAUUCUUGCAGUAACGUAGUUUAAGGUCACAUGUUCUACAGCAAACAGGCUUGUCGGAAAACGUUUCAUGGUGGUGGUAGGUGUUCAGUGUUUGCUGACUGUAUUCUUCUCCGUAAGGAAAUCUGACCGGGCUGGGAAUAGGCGGGCAGGAGCUGGUCAGCCUGCUGGAUCCGGCUCAGCCCUCGCCUGCCGGCUCCUCCCUCUGGCUAGGACCUCGCACCCAGUGCAGCCUUAGCUGCCAAGACCACUCCUGACCAAAGGCUGGUGUGUGGGCCCCCCUGACAGCCUGGAGGCAGUGCAGGCACCUGGCUGCCGCUGCUGUCAAUCAGGCGGUGCCAGUGACGGAGUGGAAAUUAUUGCAUUAAUAAGAAGGAGUGAGCUGAUGUCCUCCAUAAGGGCACAUGUCGUCCAGGGCAAGGUUAUAAAUAGGAGUGCUGCCUGGCAAGCAGGGCCCGCAGAAGGAUGAGUCACGGGCCUGUUGCCGGGGAUCUCAUGAGCGAGGUUCCCGUGCAGAUUCCCAGGCUCCCGUCACGCCCAGUGCAGGCUUCAGGUCCACACUGUGUGGCGAGGCGCCAGCUCAGCUUGGACGCUCAGUCACCGGACAGACUCACCUGCACUAAGACAUCGCAGUCGCUGGGUGGAGACCGGUGCCUUCGGGUAGACCUGCUGCCCAGCUCAGCAUCCAAACAGCCUCCCUCCAGCAGCAGCUCCGGAGCCGGUGCAGUGGCAUCAGACCACCCUGAUGGAAAAAACCCAGUACCACCGAGGACAAGAAGGAUCCUGUAAGCAGACCAGGGAAUUAUAGUAAUUCCUAAACAAACAGGAAGUAGAAAGGAUCAAGUAUGAAAUGAAAUAGCAAUAAGAAAUCAUAACCCCAAA